AUGUCUGCGUCAACGGCCGCGGCGCCAGAGGGAAAGAGGCAACAAGCUAAUUCUGAAGCAGAUCUUCAAACGACAUACUCAAACUACAAGAACACUCUGCAGCAAAUAGCGCAAAAGAUUGGAGAUAUUGAGCAAGAAGCAGAGGAGCAUAAACUGGUUUUGGAAACAUUGGAGCCUUUAUCGGAAGAUCGCAAGUGCUUCCGACUCAUUAAUGGCGUUCUUGUAGAGAGAACCGUCAAGGAUGUAGUCCCUGCUUUAAAAACCAAUCAAGAAGGACUAAAGAAGGUCUUGGAUGACUUGGUGAAGCAAUAUAAAACGAAACAGGAUGAGCUGGAUAAGUGGAAGAAGAAGAAUAACGUGCAAGUAGUCCAGCAAUGA